CCGAGUCUGGUCAACUGGAGGUAGUGGCAUCAUCAGCAUCACAGCGCGGCUCGCCCCAGACCCCGCUGUCCGGAUCAAGCCAGCCGCCGCGCUCGACCCACUCCGCCCGCAGUUCCUCCGCACGAGCCAUGAAACAGACUUUACUCGAACUAAUGAGGAUGAACAGAAUUUGUCGGAUGGUACUGGCCACUUGUUUGGGAUCGUUCAUUCUGGUCAUCUUUUAUUUCCAAAGUAUGUUCCAGCCAGUCAUGCGGAGGAACACAUUCGUGGCGGAGGGGUGCUGCGGGAAAGGAUCCAGAAACGCCCUAGAGGAGCUCUACAACUCAACGCAGACGGAGUUCACGGCGGCGGCGCUUCUGCACCAGGCUCGUCGGGAUCGCGUCUCGGCGGCGUGCCGCGCUCACUCGGCCUCCAGCCGACAGCGUCGCGUGCUGACGCCCGGCGACCUGCGCCACCUGCUGGUGGACGAGACGCACCGCCUCAUCUACUGCUACGUGCCCAAGGUGGCGUGCACCAACUGGAAGCGGGUCAUGAUGGUGCUCUCGGGCAACGGCAAGAAGUACACCGACCCCAUGCAGAUCCUGUCGUUCGAGGCGCACGUGCCGGGCAACCUGCGCUCGCUCAGCCAGUACAGCAUCGGCGAGAUCAACCGCCGCCUCAAGGGCUACCUCAAGUUCCUGUUCGUGCGCGAGCCCUUCGAGCGCCUGGUGUCGGCCUACCGCAACAAGUUCACGCAGCGCUACAACACCUCCUUCCACCGGCGCUUCGGCACCAAGAUCGUGCGGCGCUACCGGCAGAACGCCACCGAGGAGGCCAUGCGGCUGGGCGCCGACGUCACCUUCCGCGAGUUCGCCGCCUACGUGACGGACCCGGCCACGCAGCGCGAGGGGCUCAACGAGCACUGGCAGACGGUCCACUCGCUCUGCCACCCGUGCCUCAUCCACUACGACGUGGUGGGCAAGUACGAGACCCUGGAGGAGGACGCCGCCACCGUCCUGCGGCUGGCCAACGCCGAGGACGUCCGCUUCCCCGCCUACGCCAAGUCCACGCGCACCACCGACCAGAUGGCCGCCGUGUUCCUCCGCAACGUGAGCGUGCAGCAGCAGCAGCAGCUCUACCAGCUCUACAAGAUGGACUUCCUCAUGUUCAACUACUCCACGCCCAGCUACCUGAAACUAGACUAGACACACACACAUGGACACACACAUGGGCACACACUCCACACACACACACACACACACACACACACACUGAGAGUGGAAACAUAUUACCAAGCUGGGCUUCCUUCUUGGAAAAGCAAAGAAGAGGAAAACAAGAUGGAUUGAUCUUGUUCUUGAAUCUUGAAUUUCCCCUGGGGAUCAAUAAAGUAUCUAUCUAUCUAUAUCUAUCUGAUGGAAGAAGGGAACACUUGAUCGACUGUCUUCAUGCAGGGUAGGGGUUCGACUAAAAAAAAAAAAGAAAAAAAAAAUGAAACGGGACAAAAUAACGGACAAGAAAGGGUAUGGAGCCUGGGAGGGCAGGGCCUCAUUUUUGAUUGGACCAGAGGGUUGUCAGUCAGUGGAGAGCAGAGCUCACACAUGAAGAGUGAGGUUCUGAUUGGUCAGUUAUAUUCCAUUAGUUAGCAUGUUUCCAACCAAAAGGUUCACAGCAAGUUUACCAUCCAAACAUAUCAUCACUCAUAAACACAAAUACGUGAGGUGUGUGUUUGUGCCAAGUUUUCGCGUCGAAGCCAUAUUUUUGUUUCAUAAACAACGCGGAGGUGGAUUGACACAAAUGCUCACCCAUGAACUGGUCAGAUCUGACCCUCACACCUAAAGCCGGCCUGUGUCUGGCUGACGAAGGGAAAUCGGUCUCCAUUAAACGGCAAAUCACACCCCAGCUGGACAUUCCUCUGAUCCACUCCAAGCUGGCUUUUCUAGCGGGAGGGUGUCACUGCCCAUGUGGACAGGCCACAUUUGGGACUUGGCACCCGAGACUGAAGGACCUGUGCUGACCACAGAAAGACAUCACACUCCUCAGCUCCUGAAUUCUGGCUCUGGUGUUUGGGUUUUUGUCUUCUGUGUUUAUGUGUGUGUGUGUGUGUGUGUGUGUGUGUGUGUGUGUGUGUGUGUGUGUGUGUGUGUGUGUGUGUUAGUGCUUGGCCAAUGGCCUGUGUUCAAAUGAGGACACAGGAAGUGGUCUUGUAAACAAAACAAGAAGUGUCCUUUUUGAACUUUGGUCACACAACCUCAAAUGUGAGUGAUGGGCCCUCGCUCCUCCCAUGGACUCAAGACGGAAGAGAUCGGCCGUGGGGUCAAAGGUGACGACACCUGUGGUUAAAAAACAGCCCAAGACCCACCAGCUCGAUCAGAACCCUCGCUGCCAUGACCCUUUUAUUAAAUUAAGGAUUUUAUUUUCUCUUUUCUUUUUAUUUUAUUGUUUUUAUUUUUAUUGUCUUAUGCAAAGUUGCUGCGAGCAGCACAAUAAUGAUCAUUAAAAAAAGA